AGCCCCACGGUGCCCGCAUCUGAAGGAAGCUCUGGCCAGGGGCAGCUGUGUUGGCUCAUGCUCCCCACCUCCCACUGCAAGAUGCUGGGGAUUCUGGGGCUUUGGGCACUGCUUCCCACAGCUGUGCAAGCACCCCCAGGCAGGCGGACCUGUGUGUUCUUUGAGGCCCCUGGAGUGCGGGGAAGCACCAAGAAUCUGGGGAAGCUGCUAGAUGCAGGACCAGGGCCCCCCAGGGUUAUCCGCUGCCUCUACAGCCGCUGCUGCUUUGGGAUCUGGAACCUGACCCAAGACCAGGCACAGGUGGAGAUGCAAGGAUGCCGAGACAGUGAUGAGCCAGGCUGUGAGUCCCCCCACUGUGAUCCGAGCCCCCGAGCCCAUCCUAGUCCCAGCUUUACUCUCUUCACCUGCUCCUGUGGCACUGACUUCUGCAAUGCCAAUUACAGCCAUCUGCCUCGUCUGGGGAGCCCUGGGACACCUGGUUCCCAGGGUCCCAAGGCCAUCCCAGGCGAGUCCAUCUGGACGGCACUGGUGCUGCUGGGGCUGCUCCUUCUCCUGCUGCUGCUGAGCAACAUCAUCUUGGCCCUGCUACAACGGAAGGCCUGCCCAGUGCACGGUGGGCCAGAGCCAGGGCCAGAGCCGGAGCCGGAGCCACACUCAGGCAGGGACUGGAGUGCCGAGCUGCCGGAGCUGCCCGAGCUGUGCUUCUCCCAGGUAAUCCGGGAAGGAGGUCACGCAGUGGUGUGGGCCGGGCGGCUGCAAGGCAAGCUGGUAGCCAUCAAGGCCUUCCGCCUGAGGGCUGUGGCCCAGUUCCAAGCUGAGAGAGCAUUGUACGGGCUGCCGGGCCUACGGCAUGACCACAUUGUCCGCUUGAUCACCGCCAGCAGGGGCAGCCCUGGUCCCCUGCCCUGUGGGCCCCUGCUGGUACUGGAACUACACCCCAAGGGUUCCCUGUGCCACUACUUGGCCCAGCACACCAGUGACUGGGGAAGUUCCCUGCGGAUGGCACUGUCCCUGGCUCAGGGCCUGGCGUUUCUCCAUGAGGAACGCUGGCAGGAUGGCCAAUAUAAACCAGGUAUCGCCCACCGGGAUCUGAGCAGCCAGAAUGUGCUCAUUCGGGACGAUGGGUCAUGCGCCAUUGGAGACCUGGGCCUCGCCUUGGUGCUCCCUGGCCUUGCCCAGCCCCCAGCCUGGGCUCCUACUCAACCCCGAGGCCCAGCUGCCAUCAUGGAGGCUGGCACCCAGAGGUACAUGGCACCAGAGCUCUUGGACAAGACUCUGGACCUACAGGACUGGGGCACGGCCCUCCGGCGAGCUGAUGUUUACUCUCUGGCUCUGCUCCUGUGGGAGAUCAUGAGCCGCUGCCCAGAUUUGAGACCCGACAGCAGAACACCACCCUUCCAACUGGCCUAUGAGGCAGAACUGGGUAGCACCCCUACCACCUGUGAGCUGUGGACUUUGGCAGUGGAGGAGAGAAGGCGCCCUCACAUCCCAUCUACCUGGUGCUGCUUUGCCACAGACCCUGGUGGCCUGAGAGAACUCCUGGAGGACUGCUGGGAUGCAGACCCAGAAGCACGGCUGACAGCUGAGUGUGUACAGCAGCGCCUGGCUUCCCUGGCCCGUCCUCAGGAGGCCCACCCCUUCCCACAGGGCUGUCCACAUGGCUGCCCACCUCUCUGCCCAGAAGACCGUCUCUCCAGUCCUCCGCCCUGCCAUUCUCCCUCGUAGGCCUCAGCUGAGUGUCUGCCACUUGAGUGUUCAGCAAGGCCCUCGUUCCAGAAAUCCUCAACCUGCCUGUACCAGUUCUCAUGUGUAAAUAUGCAGUUUAUGUAGAGUCGGUGUACAUGGAAACAUAAAUAUGGUGAUCAGAUGCCUGUCUGCUCUGCCUCGCCAUGGCCUUUCCUACUUGUCAAAUGUUUGGAUGGAUCCUUCCCUGGGUAUCCAAUCCACUGCUUCUGAACAGUGACUGGUGUGGGGAGGGGUGUGCACAGGAAAGAGAUAAAGUCAGCUUCCCUGACUCUAUGUCUUGGUCCUGAGGCCUUCCUCCCUUCCAGUGAUCCUGCAUUCCUGUCUCUCUCCUUUUCCUUCUCUUUCAUAAGCCUUUAUUUGGUGGGAUCUCACACUGGCACUGGGAAAAGGAUGAGAAAGAUGAAAUUGCUGCUCUGAAACUGCUCCGAGAUCCAUAGCUCAUUUUGUUGGCCACCCAUACAGUGUCCUGGGGCAGUAUCCUCUCCUGAGGCUUGAGUGGGGAGGCCUCACAGAGCACAGGAUGCUUGAGAUGUGUCUUGAAGACCAGGAGUUUUCCAGGAGUGUUGGAGCAGUAGGGCAUUUCUGGCCCAGUGAGCUGUACUGUCAUGUGGUGCAGUAAGAAACUGCAAGGAGGACUUCCCUGGUGGCACAGGGGUUAAGAAUCCACCUGCCAAUGCGGGGGAUAGGGGUUCAAUCCCUGGUCCGGGAAGAUCCCACAUGCCACAGAGCAACAAAGCCCGUGCACCACAACUACUGAAGCCCAUGUGCCUAGAGCCCGUGCUCUGCAACAAAGAGAAACCACCGCACCGCAACGAAGAAUAGCCCCUGCUCUCUGCAACCAGAGAAAGCCCACGCGCAGCAACAAAGACCCCACGCAGCCAAAAAAAAAAAAAUCUUAAGGGAAUUCAGGGAAUGCAGGAACAAAGGAAAAGCUGUCAAGAAACAAUAGUUCAGGGAUAAAACAGAGUCCUAAUUCCUCCUCAAGGGGUAUAUAUAACAAUCUGAUAAGUUCUGCAGGCUCCCACCAAGGUGGAGAAUGGAAUGAUGAUGUUCACCUUUUCUGACACUCAUGACUUCAAUCAACUAAAGCUGGACUCUGUCAACCUUUGCCCCACUUCUAUGCUGAAUUUUCCUCUGCUUAAGCCCCUUCAUGAAUAUGCAUGUACGCUUAGCUUAAAAAUUCCCCAAUUUUGCUGUUCAGGGAAACACUGCUUUGGGACAGAUUCCCAGUGUUCUCCUUACUUGCUGCAAGCAAUAAA